AUGGCUGAGCAGCUUGUCCACCGCGGGACCCUCGAGGGCCACAAUGGCUGGGUUACCUCCCUGGCCACUUCGCUGGAGAACCCAAAUAUGCUCCUGUCCGCCAGUCGCGACAAGACCCUGAUCAUCUGGAAUUUGACCCGUGAUGACACCGCAUACGGAUACCCCAAACGAAGCCUCCAUGGCCAUUCUCACAUUGUCUCCGAUUGUGUGAUCUCCUCCGACGGCGCAUAUGCCCUUUCUUCCUCGUGGGAUAAGACCCUUCGUCUAUGGGAAUUGGCUACGGGCAACACCACCCGAACUUUCGUCGGCCACACCAACGAUGUCUUGUCCGUCUCUUUCUCUGCCGAUAACCGCCAGAUCGUCUCCGGCUCCCGCGACCGGACCAUCAAGCUGUGGAACACCCUGGGUGACUGCAAAUUCACCAUCACCGACAAGGGACACACCGAAUGGGUAUCCUGCGUCCGCUUCAGCCCCAACCCUCAAAAUCCCGUCAUCGUUUCCGCUGGCUGGGACAAACUCGUCAAGGUCUGGGAACUCUCCUCCUGCCGCAUCCAAACUGACCACAUCGGCCACACUGGCUACAUCAACACCGUAACCAUCUCCCCCGACGGAUCCCUCUGCGCGUCCGGUGGCAAGGACGGCACCACCAUGCUCUGGGAUCUCAACGAGUCCAAGCACCUUUACUCUCUCCAGGCCGGUGACGAGAUCCACGCCCUCGUAUUCUCCCCUAACCGCUACUGGCUCUGCGCUGCUACCUCCAGCAGCAUCACCAUUUUUGAUUUGGAGAAAAAGAGCAAGGUCGAUGAGCUCAAGCCUGAAUAUGUUGAGAAGGGAAAGAAGAGCCGUGAGCCUGAGUGCAUAAGUUUGGCAUGGAGUGCUGAUGGCCAGACCUUGUUUGCUGGAUACACUGAUAACAAAAUCCGCGCGUGGGGCGUUGUGUCGAGAACGUAA